GUUGGCCGCAACAUCGAGUCACCCAAUCAAUCAAUCAAUCAGUAAGCUAUGUUUUUAGCUUUGGUUGUUCGUCGUCCACCGUUACCAACAACAUGCUCCUCCAGUUACAAAUUCUUGUAGACUUCUGGGCACAGACGGCAGGCUAAUAACAUCGUAUAAAUCUAGCACAAAGGUUAUCUAGUUAGGGAACAAGCUUUCAUUCGGGAAGCCCCCUUUUCCCCGGAGUGGUGGUGCCACAUCCGAUGUUGGCUGGACUCUCGCUUCAAAAGCCAGACGUUAGGAUCAGCUGCGUGACAUCUUUGAUGAGUGUGCGAUAGCUCACGUACGGCUCAGGAACGAAGGAGAGAUUGGACACUCCAACAGGCUGAGCCAGUGUCAACAUAUGUUCUUAUAACCUUCCCGGCAGGCCCUCAGUGGUCGGCGUUGUGUCCAAGCAAGAAGGAUUUUCGUCCAUGAACUCAGGAUCUGAAUACCAACAAUGGGGAGGACGUACACUUUACUCUGCGCGCUUUUCGCGACCACUGGGUCGCUCAUUUGGGGAUAUGACUCGGGGAUCAUCAGUACAACUCUAGCACAAAAAACUUUUUUGCCCUACUUUGGCAACCCUUCCGCAGAUAUGAUCGGUGCCAUUGUGUCGACUUACUCGGGAGGCACGGGCAUUGGCAACAUCCUCGGUGGGUGGCUGGCCGAUUAUGUGGGAAGAAAGAAGACAAUCUGGGUGGCUGCAAUCUUUGCGCUCAUCGGAGGCAUCCUUCAAACUGCUGCCAUUAACAUUGUCAUGUUCCUGGUGGGACGGAUUAUAGCUGGAUUUGCCAUUGGGCUCGUUUUUGCCGUCAGUUCUAUCUACAACGCGGAGAUCUCCCCCCCAAAGAUUCGUGGAGUUGUCGUUGGCAUGCAGGCUCAGCUUAUCUGCAUAGGAUUUGCUUUUGCGAACUGGGUUGGAUGCUUUGCUGCUUACAACAAAAGUGACGCGGCUUGGAGAGUGCCUCUUAGUCUGCAAAUCCUUUUUGCUGCUGUUUUGAUACUAGGUUUAUUCUGGCUCCCCGAAAGUCCUCGAUGGCUCAUCCAGAAGGCCCGUUAUGAAGAUGCUCACAUUGUUCUUCAAAAGCUUCAUUCUGACGAGGCUGAGCCCGAUUUCUACAAGCGCGAAUUCGAUCAAAUCAAACAGCAAAUCAACUACGAGAGAGAGGUAACUAUCAAGUCAUGGUGGGCCUUAUUUACCAAGCCAUCCUAUCGGCAUCGUCUUCUUCUUGGAAUCGGAGUACAAGUACUAGUUCAGGCUACCGGAGCUAAUGCUCUCAACUACUACCAGACGAUUCUCUUUGAAAGCGUAGGUAUCGAGGGACACGCUGUCCUUUGGGUAUCUGUCGGCUAUGGAAUGAUGGGCGUGAUUGCCAACACAGCUUGUUUAAUGUACAUCGACAAGGUUGGACGACGUGUUGCUCUCAUUCUCUCAGCCUCCGCCCAAGCUGUGGUCAUGACACUAAUCAUGGUAUUUUUCAAAUACUUCGCCAACGGCACCAGCAAAAACAAAGUGGGACAAGGCUUUGCUAUUGCUUGGAUAUACUGCCUCUCGAUUUCAUUCUCCCUGGGAUAUACUACUCUACAGAUACUCUACAUGACCGAGAUCUUUCCAACAGCUCUUCGCGCUCGUGGCACAGCAAUUUGCGCCUUCAUGGGCACUGCAAUGGGUGUCCUUUUCAGUCAGGUCAGCCCCAAAGCGAUUGCAAGUCUUGGUUGGAAGUACUUUUCUGUCUUUCUGGCCUGUGAUGUGGUCGCAGCCUUGACAUACUAUUUUUUUUAUCCUGAAACAAGAGGGAAGACGUUGGAAGAAAUGGCAGAGCUCUUUGGAGAAGAAGUGGCUUUCACUGAUCACAUUUCAAGUGUUACGACAAAGGAAAAUGGGGACAAGUCAAUGGAAACUACAGCCCGAGCCCAACAGGUGGAGAUUGAGUUAUUUGCAGCAUAACUGGAUGAGAAACUCUGGCCGGCGCAAUGAGAGCAUCCCACUAGGCCGUGGUAUAUACGGACUCCUUAUCCCACUUCAACAGAAGCUGUGUAGAUGACCCAAACUCCUUUCCGAACCUAUACUACGAGAAGUAUAAUAAUCUCUACUCGACGAGGGUACCCUAGCUAUUAAUUAGUUAAUCUCUACCGUAAAGAAUUAUGUCAAUUAGCUUAGGCGGAAUGAGGAAAGACCAAAAGUACGACUAGACUUAUUAGAAGGUCGAUCAAAUAUUAAUCGAAGAAGCUUCGACUUCGGAGGUAAAAGGCUAGUAGAAAU